AUGAGUCAUCCGUAUUUCACGCCGUCGGUUGUUCAUGGAUAUGGUACCCUACACAUAACUGGUAUGUCUUUCACUCCUUCGAUGUCGAAUGAACCUGCAACUCCGACUUUUGUCCUAGAGACUCAACUUUCCGACCGUGAAUCCCCAAUUGAGGUGCUCAAUUUAGAAAAGGUGGUUUCAAAUGCUGAGGGUACAAGAAAGUGUUCAAGUUGGACAAAGGUUGAAGACGAGGUCUUAGCGAGAAGUUUUGUCACUAUCAGUGAUGAUCAAAUAAUCGACAAUGAUCAAAAGGGGGAUGCUUUUUGGGGACGGGUUGCAAGUUACUACAAUGAGAAUCUUCCCCUAGGUUCAAACACCAGAAGUGCAAAUGUUAUACGGUCACAUUGGCAUAAUACAAUCCAAAAGAAGGUAUAUCGAUUCAACGCAAAUUACAAUAGUGUUUAUAUUUCAUAUCGAAGUGGUCACAGUGAUGAAGAUAUAUUGAGAUUUGCGUACGAAAAAUAUCGAUCCGAAAACAAUGGCAUUGCAUUCAAUCUUGAACAUGUGUGGAGAAUUGUCAAAGACCGUCCAAUGUUUACUCCACAGUUCGCUGAUCACUUUGUGGUCACAAAGAAGACGAGGACCUCAAAGUCGGGAGCAAACAACACCUCCCCCAACCAAGAUGUGAGUAUAGACCUGGAUUAUGAAGAUACUCGUCCAAUGGGACAAAAGGCAACAAAAAGAAAGGGAAAAGACAAAGUAAAAUCGACCAUGGAGGAUCUGACAAGAAUCAUUCAGCAUUUUUUCAACAUAGGGACGAUGUUGUAUGAAGAAAAGGGUUGUCACCACUACAAAUGCACUUCCGCAAUUCGUCAAUUGGCUUACGGAGUCCCUGCCGAUCAUCUUGACGAGUAUCUACGUAUGGGUGAAUCAACUGCCAUCAGGUGCCUUUUCAAGUUCUACGAAUACGUGGUUGAAAUAUUUGGUGAUAGGUACUUGGAGAAGGCCAAAUGCUGA